AUGUUGACUAGAGCCCUCGGACGAGCUCGGAUUCCUGGUUCGAGGAUACAUGGAUCGAACCAUUUGACUGGGUUUGUAGAGAAUUCGAAAUUGGGUCCGAUCGGUGUUUCCUGUAGAAGAUGGUUGUCGAGCGAGAGCGGGAAACGUUUUGCGGCGAUGUGGGGAAGCGGAGAUCACGGCAGAUUGGGGCUCGGUAACUUGGAGUCUCAGUGGAGACCUUCUGUUUGCUCUGCCUUGACUGAUCACAGCAUCAGAGCUAUCGCUUGCGGUGGAGCUCACACUCUUUUCCUCACCGAAACGAGGAGAGUCUUUGCAACAGGUCUUAAUGAUUUUGGCCAACUUGGCGUGUCAGAUGUUGAAACUCAUGCUAUGGAGCCCCUUGAAGUUUCUGGACUAGAGAAGGAUAUUCUGCACAUCUCAGCUGGUUAUAAUCACUCUGCUGCUAUUACAGUGGAUGGAGAACUCUACAUGUGGGGAAAGAAUUCUAGUGGACAGCUUGGGCUGGGAAAAAAGGCUGCAAGAGUGGUACCUGUGCCAACCAAAGUGCAGGCUCUACAUGGAAUCACCAUCAAAUCCGUGGCUUUGGGUUCAGAGCAUUCAAUUGCUGUUACUGAUGGAGGUGAAGUCCUGAGUUGGGGAGGAGGGGGAUCUGGGAGACUUGGCCACGGUCAUGAGUCCAGUUUUCUUGGAAUCUUAAGAAGCAGCAGUGAGUUUACUCCAAGGCUUAUCAAGGAACUUGAGGGGAUCAAGGUUAAAAAUGUUGCUGCUGGUCUGCUGCAUUCAGCAUGCACUGAUGAGAAUGGCUCUGCCUUCAUGUUCGGAGAGCGAUCUAUAAACAAGAUGGGCUUUGGAGGAGUAAGGAAUGCUACAACACCAUCCAUUAUCAGUGAAGUGCCAUAUGCAGACGAAAUUGCAUGUGGUGGUUACCACACAUGUGUUGUUACAAGAAGUGGGGAACUAUACACCUGGGGCUCAAACGAAAAUGGAUGCCUUGGCACAGAUUCAACAUAUGUCUCACACUCCCCUGUGAGAGUUGAAGGUCCUUUCAUGGAGUCUAAUGUGUCUCAGGUAUCUUGUGGGUGGAAGCACACUGCAGCUAUUUCAGAUAAUAGUGUCUUUACCUGGGGAUGGGGAGGUUCUCACGGCACGUUCUCUGUUGACGGACAUUCUUCUGGUGGACAACUGGGACAUGGUAGUGAUGUAGACUAUGCAAGACCAGUAAUGGUGAACUUGGGAGACAAUGUAAGAGCAGUACAUAUAUCUUGUGGCUUCAAUCAUACAGGAGCAGUUCUUGAACAUUUUUGA